AGGCUCGUCCUAGCCAUGAAGAAAGACAAGGGGACUCUGUUGCUUUUCCUCGUUACUUGUGAGGUUGUGAUUGCAGCCUCGUCUGCUUCCUUACUAGAACGAAACUGCUCCACUUCUAUCACGCUCAGUGAGUCGGGAAAUUGCACGUACGUCGAUGGAGACAACAUCGCCGGCGAUUGUAAGCAACUGUCGGACCAUCUGCAGAAAGUACAACGAUGGUCUUGUAGCAGCUAAUGACUGCCUUGAAGUCAAACUGUCACCUGGUAACUACACUCUUGAUAGCAUCAACGCAACUGACAUCACAUACAGCCUGGUAUUGGAGGCGGUGGAAACGGAGGCAACCGUUUCUUGCCUGCCAGCGGACGAGAUGCUCAUUCUCAAUAACCCACUGUGGUUCCAGAGGCUCUCUUCCUAUUCAUCUUCAUCAUCUGCUAGUACUACUGAAGAGCUGUUUGUGCAGAUGAAGGGAGUAAAGUUUAAGAAUUGUCCAAGACCAUUGAUAUUCGACACCAUGGAUUACGUCGGAAUAUCAAACUGCAUUUUCACUGGGUUCACAGCCUCGGCUGUGGAUAUCUUCAACUGCCAGACAGUACAAGUCGAGGACUCUGUCUUCUUCGACAACUCGGCCAUGCUCCAGAAGGAAGAGUAUCAUGCCAACUCUGGAGGUCUUGGGAUUGCAUACCACACCAAUGCUACUGUAUACUUCAACACCUCCCUACCUCCAUCAGUAACUGUCACUGACUGUGAGUUCACUCAUAACAGAGCCAGCCUCCCCGAGGCUAACUCUCAGCAGCAAACAAACCAGGCAAUCAACAAUCACAUCUAUUUCGGUCGUGGUGGGGGAUUCGGGGUGUUCCUGGACGAACACUUUGUCAACAUAGUUGUAAUGAUAGAGAGGUGUAGGUUUGAGUCCAAUUAUGCAGAAUCCUUUGGUGGUGGGCUGUACAUAAACAUCGAUGGAGUCAGCACUUCACACAAUUUCACGGUAACCGACUCAAACUUCACGUCCAACAUGGCUGACGAGGGAGGCUUUGGGGGAGGGAUACAAGCGGGAUUCUUGAUUCGAAACGCACGACAUGGACCGAGCCAACUGGAGUUUUCACGCUGCCGCUUUGUUGGUAACACUGCGUGGUUUGGUGGAGGACUCAGCGGUGUAAUCGGUGUUCAGGUGUUCAGUCAGGGAUCAGGGAACAGUAUCACACUGAGGGAGUCUUACUUUGAGAGGAACACGGCUAUUAACGUAGGAAGUGGUGUCAUGUUUGCAUCUCUGCUGUAUGUGCAGAACCGGCUAUCAUCAAACUACUACCAGGUGUCAGACAAUAUGUUUUUCAACAACUCAUCACCUGGUGGGACAUUCGCCGUUGGUUUUAUACCUCAGAACUUCACAGGACAUAACCAGUUCCUGAACAACACCGGCGCAGGGCUAAGGAGUGUGGGAGCACAGAUAGCAGUGUAUGGAACCAUUUCCUUCAUUGGGAACAAUGCAGAGAGCCACGAGGGUGGGGCUCUCUAUCUCUCUGCCUUUGGUCAGGUCAAGCUCUACCGCGGCUCACACAUAGACUUUUUGGAGAACUUGGGAAGACUGGGGUCAGCUAUAGUGGUGGAUGUGCAAAGGACAUCACGAGUUUUCUCACAGCUCAUUUUCAACACACAGUGCUUCCUAAUCUUUGAAGAUACUACUGUAGCUCCCGACAGCUGGGACCAGGUGACUAUGAGAUUCUCUGGGAACAGAGCGGCAGUGGCUCCUGUGGUGUACACCUCUCACCUAGACCUCUGCUCCUGGUUCUCUGUCUCCAAUGUCUCCAACCACAUAGCCUCUACAUUCUCCACCACUGACUUCACUCAAUGGCCAGUCUUCAACUACUCUGCUGGUAGCAAUAAUGCAACAUCACACAUUAAUGGGACAUCUCCAGAGUUCUACUUCCAGACACAAGCUCUAAGGGUUGCAUCUGAAAGCAGUACUACCACAGGAAAUGAGGGAGCAUUCCCAGGGAAAAAGAUUCGGCUGAGUCUGAAGGGACUGGACCAGUUCAACUUGUCUACCUACAUCAUAGCUCGUAUCUCAGACAGACGAGCCAAGGUCAACCAGGGAGCAUUUAGCCAGACCACUGACAACGAGAUCUCUUUCACCAGCAAUGAUGACGAAGGUGAACCUGUGGUGUUUGAGCCUUCCCUGGUGCCAGUUUUGCCCAACAACCCAUCAGUGGAGGUGGUCUACCACACACCAGUCUCCUCCCAGUGGACCACGCAGAACAUCACUGCCAUCGUCGACACCCCUUACAAUGUCAUUGAUUCGAAGCAGUUCUCAUUUGGACUGGAUGUUGCAAGCUGUCUCCCAGGCUAUGAGUUGCAGGCUCGUGAUGACGGCCUGCUCACCUGUGGCUGUCAGGACUUCACCUUCUCACUCCUGGACUGCGAUGAGACCAGGAACAUCAUCUACCUCCGGAAUGGACUGUGGGCAGCACCCAACGAAGACUCCCAGCUGCUGGUUCAUGUCUGUCCCACCCCCUUCUGCCAGUGCUCUGAUGAGAAUAACAUCACAUGCGACAGCCUCUAUUACCACGACGAUGCCAAUACUGAUAAACAAUGCCACAUCCUCAGAGAAGGGACUCUCUGUGGUCGUUGUGUUAAUGAGAGCAGUGUGGGAGUAUUGAGAUUCAACUGCAGACACUGUGGCUCAAAUGCCUACUGGGCACUUGGCUUCCUAGUGAUAGGAGACACUCUGAUCUGUGCGGUGAUACUCAUAGCCCUGGUCAAACUCCGCUUCACCUUUCCCGACUCAAUGAAAGGCUUUCUCUUCUACAUCCAGACUGUCUACUACACAACAGAAUACUUUCCAGCCUCGUUCUGGCCCAUCAGACAAUAUAUGCUGUAUCUAGGCAGUGCUCUGGGACUCUACUUCCCCUGGGAUGUAUGUCUCGCUUCUGGCACCACUGCUCUCGCUUCCUUCCCCCCUCGUUUUGUUCCUCCUGUCAUUGCCCUACUGGUAACUAUUUCUGCUGUUAUCACCGUGUUCUACUGCUUUGAGAAAAGGUAACUGGUUUCCCAUGCACUCUCUUACUUCAUUUGUCUCAGUUGUUUAGCUAUUAUUGACAAGCAAAAUGAGCCUACGAUAGUUGUCUCAGAUUUAUUUUUGUCACACUUGUGUUGUGUUCCCUUGCAAGAUGUAUUUCAUGUUUUAGGGCGCAGAAGCGUAUCUGGCGUGGAGUGUGGGCCUUUAUCCUGCUGCUGUAUGCUCCACUGGUGUACACCUGUGUCUCUCUCCUCCACUGCCCUUCAAUACCGCCUGCAGAGGGAGGGGAACCAACUCCUAGAUGGUUUCUGGAUGGGGAGGUAGUGUGUUUCAAAGAUGGAGGCCAUGCCACUCUGGCCACACUUGCCAUCAUCAUCCUCAUCCUCCUUGGUCUACUGCCCUUGACAAUCAUUCUUUUCUUCUUCGUUGUCAGUCACUCACCUGCUAUAAAAGAGAAGUACUCCAUUAUAGACAGGCUGAGUAAAGCAGUAAAGGCAGGCUACACAGAGAGGACAAGAUGGUGGGGUGCCUGGGAUCUCUUACGCAGACUCAUCCUCAUUGCUGUUGUGGUUGGUACCCCUGGAAGAUCAGUUUCAGCCCUCUAUGUGGUGGUGCCAGCCCUGGGUCUCCAUCUCUACUGGUGGCCCUACCAGAGGUGGUGGCAGAACCUCCUCGAGACGGUCAUCCUGGCCAACUACUGUCUCCUCCACCUCCUGGCCUCCACACAGGCCAUCCUGGACGACCUAUCUUCCUACUCUGGCACUGCUAUACCAGAGUCUCGUGGUGGGGGACUGGUGAAGGGAGACAGACUGGCUGCUCUCCUCUCUUUCUGGUACUAUUGGCCUCUGGUCUUGGCUGCCACCACUGCUACGACCCUCAGUAUCAGAUCUCUUGUCAUAUAUCUUCGUAAGAGUAGACAAAAGAAGAGAUUCAAGACUCAUACCAGUGUUUAUGAUGGCUGGAAGUGGUUAUUACAACAAGUACAGAGACAGAAAGACUAAAAAUAUUCCAACUACCGAUGUUUCUAUCUAUUAGCAAUAAUGUUUUUAAUAUUGAGUU